UCCCCCGCCUUCCGGCUCCGGCGGCGACGCUCGCUCCAGGCUGCCGCUGCGACCAGUGUCAACGUCCCCUCCAGAGACUCCAUUUGCUCUUGGGGUGGACUGGCCGCAGCGCAGGCAGACGGAGAGCGAUGCCCCCCGCCCGCGGACUGGCGUCCUCUGGGCCGAGCAGCAGCUCGCUCGCCGGCUGGCUGCGGCGGUGACACCCGGUCACCAGCGUCCACGGACGAACCCGGGCUCCCUCCGCGUGAGCGAAGACGUCCCGCGCUCCAGAGCUCGCCCUUCAGGGAGAGGCCCUCGCUUACACGACUUCACUCUGAUCUCUUAAUUUCAGGAGGUUUCGGAGGCUCCGAGUACCUCUACAGCCCCCCCCCCCCAAAGGGACUGCAGUACUUCUGUUGGCCCAUCGAGGAUCAUCCUCCACCAGGAUUAUUGUAUAACAUCACCACUGAGCCUUCCACCCCAUACCCUCUACCAUGAGUCCUGAUUUCCACCAGUGAAGUUUUGUUAUGUUUUCUUAAAUCAUGUAACACCACUUAUUGUCUACCCUUUUUCCUUUCCAGUUGUUAAAUACAUUAGGUAUGAGUUUGUGUCUGUUAACGUACAAAGUUUUCUGCUUGUCCACUUUCGCCUUAUUUGCACCGCUCACUUCUAUCCAGCCUACUUUACCUUGCUUGCUUAUGAUUGCCAUAACUACUCACUUGGCAUAACCUGUAAUAUCCCUUGUCCGGAAGAGGCAGCAUUCCAUACAAUGCGCUUCCUGAAAGGGAACAGUCAGGGAAUGGGUUUUCCUAGUAUAUUUUCCUAUAUGUCAGGUAUGCAAGUUCUCUGUUAAACUCUUUAUUCUCCAGCACAUUUCUCAAAAUACUCCCAACUGAACCUUAGUCCUUAAGCAAAUAACUUCACCUGUAAUGGUGGCAUGAAGAAUUGAGUAUGCAAUAAGACUGUUUUUGAGACCUUACUGGUACAGUAUUGGGUGCAGUCUCCACUGAAAUUGUAGUUCAUGAAAAGACCUUAAACUGAAUGAGAAGGAAGAAAGAUAGAAGGAGCUAGUUCUUGUUGAAGGAAUUUGUAAGUUUUAAAACAGCAAAGUGAAAGUCACAGAGGCCUUGCCUGGAAAUUGGCCAGCACACUAUCCAUCUAGGCCCUAGGGGGCAGGAGGGACUUUAAAAUCCCCUUUUCUAAUCUCAUUGUGUUUAAGUCUAAGUUGUUAAAUAUCUUGUUCUAGUAAUUGCCUAAAAUAUUGGACAUUAUAAUGUUGGGGAAACGUAAGCGUGUGGUAUUGACAAUUAAGGACAAGCUUGACAUUAUUAAGAAACUUGAGGAGGGCAUCUCUUUCAAAAAACUUUCUGUGGUGUAUGGAAUUGGUGAAUCCACAGUUCGGGAUAUUAAAAAGAACAAAGAAAGGAUAAUAAACUAUGCAAACAGUUCAGAUCCUACAAGCGGGGUAUCCAAACGUAAAUCUAUGAAGUCAUCAACAUAUGAGGAACUUGAUAGAGUUAUGAUAGAGUGGUUUAACCAACAGAAAACAGAUGGAAUUCCAGUGUCUGGAACAAUUUGUGCAAAGCAAGCCAAAUUCUUUUUUGAUGCUCUAGGGAUGGAAGGUGAUUUUAAUGCAUCAUCUGGCUGGCUAACUCGAUUUAAGCAGCGCCAUGGUAUUCCCAAGGCUGCUGGUAAAGGAACAAAAUUAAAAGGAGAUGAAACUGCUGCCAGUGAAUUUUGUGGUAACUUUCAGGAAUUUGUUGAAAGAGAGAAUCUACAACCAGAGCAAAUUUAUGGUGCUGAUCAAACUGGAUUGUUCUGGAAAUGUUUACCUCCCAGGACAUUAGUUCUUGAACCUGAGCAAAGUACUUCUGGUUAUAGGUCAAGCAGAGAGAGAAUCAUUAUUAUGUGUUGUGCAAAUGCCACAGGUUUACACAAACUUAAUCUUUGUGUUGUGGGAAAGGCGAAAAAACCCCGUGCGUUCAAAGGAGCUGACCUUUCAAACCUUCCUGUCACUUAUUUCAGUCAAAAAAGUGCAUGGAUAGAAUAUUCUGUUUUCAGACAGUGGUUUGAAAAAUACUUUGUGCCACAGGUACAAAAGCAUUUGAAAUCCAAGGGGCUUCUAGAAAAAGCAGUGCUGCUUUUGGAUUUUCCUCCAGCACAUCCAAAUGAAGAAUUGUUGAGUUCAGAUGAUGGUAGAAUAAUUGUCAAAUAUCUGCCACCAAAUGUCACAAGUCUGAUUCAACCUAUGAGCCAGGGAAUUCUAGCCACGGUAAAAAGAUACUACCGAGCAGGGCUUCUCCAGAAAUACAUGGAUGAAGGAAUUGAUCCAAAAAUGUUUUGGAAGAACUUGACAGUAUUGGAUGCAAUUUAUGAAGUAUCAAGAGCUUGGAACAUGGUAAAAUCAAGUACCAUAACCAAAGCUUGGAAAAAACUUUUCCCUGGAAAUGAAGAGAAUUCAGGUAUGAACAUUGAUGAAGGAGCCAUUUUAGCAGCUAAUUUGGCGACAGUUUUACAGAAUACAGAAGACUGUGAACAUGUUAAUAUUGAGAAUAUUGAUCAGUGGUUUGACUCUCAGAGUAAUAACUCAAGCUGUCAGGUGCUAACUGACAGUGAAGGUGCUGAGGACCAGUCCAAGCCUGCCGAGCAAAGGCCUGCUAACAAAACUAGAAAAACAGAAAUGAAUCCAGAGAAGCACAUUAGCCAUAAAGCAGCACUUGAAUGGACUGAAAAUUUACUGGAUUAUCUAGAACAACAAGAUGACAUGCUUCUGUCUGAUAAACUGGUAUUACGGAGGCUUCGAACAAUAAUAAGAAGAAAACAGAAGAUCCAAAAUAACAAAAAUCAUUAAUAAUGCUCGUAAGGGUUUCAGUGUAUUUGAAUCUUCAUGACUCUAUCUGCAGCAGAGCUUAUCUUGCUUGAAGUGCUAUGGAUUUCAAGGCCAAAUUUUAUAAAUAAUUUUAGGACUAAGAUGCUAUUUUGGAUAAAUUACUGCUCAUUAAUGUCAAUUCUAGUAAGUGAGCAUUGACAUGUAACUUGUCUGUCUUUGUUUCUAAUCUGUAUUAUAGCAAUUAGAUCAUAAGGUUCCUGAAGCCAGGGCUCUUGUGUCUGUUUUGUGCCUGAAUUUCGCUGUGUCUAAUAGAGGACCAUGCACACUAUAGGCAAUCAAUAAAUCUAAAUUAAAUUGAUUUUUAUGACUUUCUAUGA